AAUGUUAGAAACCACAAGCGUACAAAAUUCUAUUUAGAAACAAACAUUUCUCUUUCUUCCCUGUAAAAUGAAAUCAAGAACAACUGCACUUACAUCUUUCAUUCCUAUAAAUAGGCUGAAAAACUGAUAUCGAUCAAACGGUCUCCGCAGAUUUGAUAUGCCUCGUAAGACCCAAAUUCAAGAAAGUUAAAUCCCGAACUGGGUCGUCGGAAAAUAAGGUCAAACAUGACCGGUGGACCGAUAUUUUUGACAGAGUCUCCCCUCGCGAGAGAUCUUUGCGCAUUGGCUUUCUCCACCUGUUUCGCACUCUCUUUGCUUCGAAUCUUUGAAGAAACUGCAAAAAGAGGGGUUUUCCACAAGAAACUAAACAGGAAGCUCGUGCAUGUGACAAUUGGGCUAGCGUUCAUGUUAUGCUGGCCUCUUUUCAGUUCAGGCAGUCAAGGAGCAUUCAUGGCAGCUGUUGUUCCUGGAGUCAACAUAGUGAAAAUGUUUCUUAUCGGAAAUGGAAUAGUGAAAGAUGAGGCCACGGUUGUAUCUAUGAGCAGAUUUGGAGACUACAGGGAACUUCUUAGGGGUCCCUUGUACUAUGCUUGUACAAUCACAUUGUGUUGUGCAGUUUACUGGCGGACGUCCCCUAUUGCCAUUGCUGCCAUGUGCAAUCUUUGUGCUGGAGAUGGCUUUGCUGACAUUAUUGGAAGGAGGUUUGGAAAGAAGAAGCUUCCUUAUAAUACCGAUAAAACUUAUGCGGGGACCAUUGCCAUGGCACUUGCUGGUUUCAUUGCAUCUGUCGGGUACAUGUACUAUUUCUCGAUUUUUGGGUUUGUUGAGAAUAGUUUUGAAAUGGUGAGGGGGUUUUUGGUUGUGUCUCUUACAAGCGCAUUGGUUGAGUCCCACCCGAUAAGCACCACAUUGGAUGACAAUCUCACAGUGCCUCUUGCCUCUUUGUUGGUAAAUUGA